AUGAAUUCAUCCGAUGGAUAUCAAAUUGAUGAUGUUCAUUUAGAUUUGCGUGACAUUGAACGUACACUUCGAACAUCGUUUACACGUGAUCCAUUUGAACAUUAUGCUAAUGGUAUUUGUGGUGUGGUAUUUUGUAUAUUGGGUAUUAUUAGUAAUGCGUUGAGUUUUUCCGUAUUAAUACGUCGCACAAUGAAAUUAUCGACAUAUGUUUAUUUAGCUGGAUUAUGUUUAAGUGAUUUUACAGCAUGUGUCUGUUUAUUACCAUUAUGUUUGCUUGAUGCAUACCCAAUAUCCAUACUUGAAUAUGAAUUACCAAAGACAUACAGUAUGUCACGUUUUUUAAUCAUAACGGGUGUAAUUAGUACAACGGCGAGAGCUGUCAGUGUUUGGCUAUGUUUUGCUUUCACUAUAUGUCAACCAUUUAUCGGUCCACAGUAUUGUACAAUGAAAAAUGCACGUUAUGUGACAGUUUUUAUUAAUUUACUCGGUUUAUUAUAUGCACUACCAUUACUAUUUGAGUAUGAACCAGUUGAAGUUGUCUUAUUUAAUAUGAAAAAAAAAAUUUAUCGUCAACAAUUGACAGCACUCGGAAGAAAUGGAACGUUUCGAUGGAUUUAUGUUACAAUAAAUGCUUGUGUAGUAUAUAUUAUUCCGUUGAUGACAAUAGCUAUAUUAAAUAGACAAUUAUUGACAGCUAUACGUUUAUUAGAAAAACGUUCCGAAGAAAUUAAUGCUCCACUACCAUCUAAACAAGGUGUUACAAUUAUGUUAAUUGCUACUACAGUUUGCCUUGUUCUAUUUCGUUUACCAUUAUUAUUAUUAUCAAUUUUAUGGUUAGUUAAAGCAAGUUUAUUUUUUGAAGUAAAAACAAAAAUGCCAUUGAGACGAUUUCAUACAGUGGCAAAUACAGCUGCUAUUUUUAAUGCUGCAACAAGUUUUAUACUCUUCAUUGUUUAUGGUACAAAAUUUCGAUUAGAAUUUACAAAAAUUUAUUGCUGUUAUUUUAAUAAUAGGACAAAAUCAAAAAAGAAAAAUAAACAUCAAUGUGAUGGUGAUGUUGAUCAAAAAUUGUUACAAGAUGGCAUAGAUAAAGCAAAUAACAAUGGAACAAUAGUCCAUGUUGCACAUACAUCACAUAGUAGUAGUGUUGUGAGUACAUCAUUAGUAAAAACGUUAUCAACAACUAAAUCCAUAUCACCAUUUAAAAAUUUUAGAAAAAAGCCCAAAUAA